AUAGUCAGGUCACGACUGAAAGUUUUACUCAGACUUUUACUUUGACAGGUCACGUUGAGAAAACGUUAAACCGGAAGUAGCGUUAAUGUUUUCAUAGGAGAAAGCGUGAGGAGACACUGCUAACUCACAAUGGCCAAUCUGGAACAGUGGGUUAGUGACCAGCUCCAUGACAUCCUGGGUUUGAGUGACAGAUAUGUGGCCCAGUUCAUGAUCGGUCUGGUGCAGAAGUCUUCUGGACCUCAGGACUUUGUGGCUCGGCUUCAGCAAACCGGAACCAUUGAUAUUGAUCAAAGAAUCACAGCGUUUGCGCAUGAGCUGUACAACAAAGCUCCCAAAAAACAUGUGGCAGAAAAACCAGCCCGAGCGAUAGAACGACAAGUCAUAGAAAUGGAGAGAAAGAACAGAACCUACACUCUUCUGGAGGACAGUGAGAGCGAUGGAGAGACAGUCAAAGAAAGAGGAAAAGAGAAGAAAAGCAAAGACCGGGACAAAGGAAAGAAGAGGAAACACCUCAGACAGAAACGAGAGGAAAGUCCAUCGUCCAGUGAAGAGGACAGGAAAAAGAGCACUAAGGUCACGGAUGAGCCAAAAAAAGCUGCCAAAGAAGACGAGGAGGAAGAAUGGGAGCGGGAAGAGAGAGAAAGACUUCAAGAUCUGGAGGAGAGGGAUGCAUUUGCUGAACGAGUGAAACAGAAAGACAAAGACAAGACAAGACACAUACUUGAAAGAAAUGACAAGAAGGCUUAUGAGGAAGCUCAGAAGAGGCUCAAAAUGGCUGAAGAGGAUCAAAGGAAAAUGCUUCCAGAGUUAAGGAAAGAGUCACGUCGGCAGUAUCUGUCCAAAAGAGAGCAGGAGAAGCUGGAAGACCUUGAGGCUGAAAUUGCGGACGAGGAAUACCUCUUCUCCACUCAGAAACUCACCGAUAAGGAAAGGAAAGAUCUAGAGUACAAGCGGAAGAUCAGAGACCUGGCUCGAGACUACAAGAAAGCAGGAGCCAAAGAACAAGAGGAGAGAAAGAACAGAUACUACAUGCCAGAAGAGAAAAGAAACAAGUCCAUUCCUCAAAAAGACAUGGAGCUGGAGUUUGAGGAGACUCCCAGAGAGGGAGGCGGGGAGCAGGGCCGCUGGGAGGAGGCGAGAGUGGCCACUGCCACCCUGCAGUUUGGGGCCAGAGAAGAGCGGGAACGCCGGAUAAAGGAGGAGCAGGAGAAGUAUCAGCUCAUUUUAGAGGAAGAGGAGAUGAUCAACUUCGUCAGCACAGCCAUUACCAUGAAGGGGACGCUGUCAGAGAAGGAAAGUGAACCUGAGUUAUCACAAGUUGAGAAAGACAAGCUGUCCAUUCAGGAAGUGAGACGCAGCCUGCCCAUCUUUCCUUACAGAGAAGACCUUCUAGCUGCCAUCAAAGACCACCAGAUCUUGGUCAUAGAGGGUGAAACUGGAUCCGGCAAGACCACUCAGAUCCCCCAGUAUCUCCUGGAAGAUGGUUACACCGAAGGAGGAAUGAAGAUUGGCUGCACUCAACCUCGAAGAGUGGCGGCCAUGUCUGUAGCAGCUAGAGUCGCUCAGGAGAUGAAUGUCAAACUAGGAAAUGAGGUGGGCUACAGCAUCCGUUUUGAGGACUGUACGUCAGAGAGGACCAUCCUGAAGUACAUGACUGAUGGCAUGUUGCUCAGAGAGUUUCUUACAGAGCCUGACCUCGCCAGCUACAGUGUGGUCAUCAUCGAUGAGGCCCACGAGCGAACGUUACACACAGACAUCCUCUUCGGUCUAAUUAAAGACAUUGCACGUUUCCGCCCUGAUCUGAAGGUUCUGGUGGCCAGUGCCACUCUAGACACAGAGCGUUUCUCCAGCUUCUUUGACGACGCACCUGUAUUUAGGAUUCCAGGCCGCAGGUUCCCUGUGGACAUCUACUACACAAAGGCUCCAGAGGCCGACUAUCUGGAAGCGUGUGUGGUGUCAGUGCUACAGAUCCAUGUCACUCAGCCGACUGGAGACAUACUGGUCUUCCUCACAGGACAGGAGGAGAUUGAGACGUGCUGUGAACUUCUACAGGAGAGAUGUAGGAGACUGGGCUCUAAGAUAUCUGAGCUUCUCGUUCUGCCCAUCUAUGCCAACUUGCCUUCAGACAUGCAGGCCAAAAUCUUCAAUCCCACUCCGCCUGGAGCGCGCAAAGUGGUGGUGGCCACAAAUAUCGCUGAGACGUCUCUCACCAUUGACGGCAUCAUCUACGUUAUUGAUCCAGGUUUCUGCAAACAAAAGAGCUACAAUGCAAGAACAGGAAUGGAAUCUCUCAUUGUCACACCCUGUUCACGAGCCUCUGCCAAUCAGAGAGCAGGUCGUGCAGGAAGAGUGGCUGCUGGGAAAUGUUUUAGGCUGUACACCGCCUGGGCCUUUAAACAUGAGAUGGAGGAGACCACCGUCCCUGAGAUACAGAGAACAAACCUGGGAAAUGUGGUUCUGCUGCUCAAAAGUCUCGGCAUAAAUGACCUGAUUCAUUUUGACUUCAUGGAUCCUCCUCCUCACGAAACGCUGGUGUUGGCUCUGGAGCAGCUCUACGCUUUGGGCGCCCUCAACCACCUCGGUGAACUCACUAAGCUCGGCCGAAGGAUGGCUGAACUUCCUGUGGACCCCAUGCUGAGUAAAAUGAUUCUGGCUUCUGAACAUUAUAAGUGCUCUGAGGAGGUUCUGACCAUCGCAGCCAUGCUGUCAGUGAACAACUCCAUUUUCUACCGCCCCAAGGACAAAGUGGUCCAUGCUGAUAACGCUAGGAUGAACUUCGUGGUACCAGGAGGAGAUCACAUGGUGCUGCUCAAUGUAUAUACACAGUGGGUAGAGAGCGGUUACUCCACUCAGUGGUGCUUCGAGAACUUUAUCCAGUUCCGCUCAAUGAAGAGAGCUCGAGAUGUGCGUGAUCAGCUGGAGGGGUUGAUGGACCGGAUCGAGGUGGAACUGUGCAGCUCCAAUGGUGACAGCGUGCCCAUUCGCAAGGCAGUGACUGCAGGAUAUUUCUACCACACGGCACGCUUGAGUAAAGGGGGUUAUAAAACAGUCAAACACCAGCAGACUGUUUAUGUCCAUCCCAACAGCUCACUCUUUGAGGAACAGCCACGCUGGAUGAUCUACCACGAGCUGGUCUUUACCACCAAAGAGUUUAUGAGACAGGUGAUAGAGAUUGAAAACGGCUGGCUGCUGGAAGUGGCUCCUCAUUAUUAUAAGAACAAAGAACUAGAGGACAGCAGCAGUAAAAAGAUGCCCCGCAAACAAGGCAAAGCCCGUGAAGAACUGGGCUGAUCCUGAGAUAAGACGAGCAAGAGACUCUUCCACCCAAUAUUACACCGAAUCUGCACAGACAGAUAGGAGAUCAGCAAUGUGACAAUCUCCAGCAGUGUUCAGUUGGAAAUUUUCAGACAUUUCGUUUGGUAAUUUGCUGAUCUGUGUAAAAUAUUUUGGUGACUCGUAAUUUUAUGUUUGAGCUAAAGUUGUUUUCAUGUGUUUGAAUGAGGAAAUAUAUUUUUGAUUACAAGUA